AAUAAACUGUCCGGAUUACCUUGCUUGGAAUUAUCCUUCAUCUCGCUUUGAGACUGUCGAGUUUCUAUCCUUGGCGUUUGUUCGUGACGCUAGGAGACCUGUUCCGAUAUUGCGACACCUGGCUUGGCUGUCUGUCACCUCCACUGCCACCACCACUGUCAUCUCCGAGGUUCACGCGUUUGGCUUGCAGCGGAAAGAGAGUCUCAGUCUCUCCUUCGCACCCUUCAGCUUUCUUGUCAAAUCAUCCUAGCACCCUCCUCCAUCCCACUUGAUAUCAACAUAUCGCCUGCAAUCUCUCGACCAAUUCCAACUGCAACAAUGGAGACGUUGGCCACGGCUGGCUUGCCGCAUCCACUGGCCCAGCUCUCCCGGGACGAGUUCACCAGGGCUCGCGACAUCGUCGUCAACCUCCACGGCCCGGAGGCAUCUCUGUUCUUCAGGUCCAUCUACCUAAACGAGCCGAAGAAGGCUGAACUCGUGGCCUUCCUGGAGGCUGAGCAUGCAGGCACGCUGUCCGAAGCGACGCAGCGGCCUCCCCGGCAGGCGUUGGUCGAGUAUGAUUUCAUCACGACGGAGGAACACAAGUACACGCGUGCUGUUGUCGAUGUAGUCACCGGGGACGUGGUUUCAAAUGAGUCUGUAGGGCGGGCCUCGCAGCCGUACCUUACCGUCGGGGAGAUUACUCAGUUUCAAGACGCCUGUGCUGAAUCUGAUCUCUUCCGGGACGCCAUGACCGAGGUUACUCUUCCUGAGGGCUUCGAGGUGAGGAUUGACCCGUGGCCAUACGGCGGGCCAGACGCUGCAGAGGGGACUCCACCACGAUACAUGCAAGGCCUGGUGUUUGCGACGGAUGCAUCCAGGAACAAUCCGGACUCGAAUCAUUAUGGCUACCCGAUCCCCAUCAUACCUGUCAUGGACUGCUUGGUCAAUCAAAUUAUUCGGGUCGACCGGCUUGCCACGGGCGGUUCGGAGGAUGGCAUGGCUCCAGCGGAACGCAGAGAAACGCCAAGGAAGCUCUUUGAGAACAGCAAGCCGGCGGAGUACGUCCCGGAACUGAUUGACGAGCCAAUUCGAACUGAUCUGAAACCGCUCGAUAUUGUCCAACCGGAAGGUGUUUCCUUCACUGCGCAUCCAGAUGGUCUCAUUGAGUGGCAGAAGUGGCGCUUCCGCCUAGGUUUCACUCCCCGUGAAGGUGCGGUACUACACGACGUCUGCUACGAUAACCGCUCUAUACUGUACCGUCUUAGCUUUAGUGAGAUGACGGUGCCCUAUGGCGAUCCCCGUCCGCCAUUCCACCGAAAGCAGGCGUUUGACUUUGGGGAUGGAGGCAUGGGCAGAGCUAGCAACAACCUUGAACUUGGAUGCGACUGCUUGGGCGCCAUUCACUAUGUUGACUCCUAUCUUGCAGCCGCCGAUGGAUCUCCAACUCCAGCAAAGUCGGUCAUUUGUCUCCACGAGCAAGACAACGGCAUCAUCUGGAAGCACACCAACUUCCGAACCAAUAGGGCAGUGGUGACGCGCAUGAGAGAGUUUGUGGUCCAGUUCAUCGUUACACUCGCAAACUACGAGUACAUUUUCGCAUACAAGUUGGAUCUUGCUGGGGGAAUCACUAUCGAAACGCGGGCGACGGGCGUCGUGAGCGUGGUGGCUAUCGACGAUGGCAAGUCAAGCAACUACGGGACUGUCGUGUCUCCUGGUGUGCUUGCGCAGAACCACCAGCACAUUUUUGCCGUGCGCAUUGAUCCAGCCAUGGACUCGUAUGCGAGCGUAGAUACGCAGAUCGUUGUCGAGGAGAGCGUGAGCCAGAGCAUGAAUUCACGGACGAAUCCAAAUGGCAACUAUUACGAAGUGCAGCGACAGACUGUCAACAAGGCAACGUGGAUGGACGCAAAGCCGCGUGUCAACAGACUGAUUAAACUGGAGAACGCAACCAAGAAAAAUGCUAUAUCUGGACGCCCCGUUGGGUACCGGCUGGUCCCUCCUGCGACACAGACGCUGCUAGCUGACGAGCGGAGCACCGUGGCUGCGAGGGCACGAUUCGCCCAGCACCACGUAUGGAUAACUGGCUACCGAGAUGGGGAGUUGUGGGCAGCCGGCGAGUUCACGAACCAGAGCAGAGAGGAGAAAGGUGGUGUUGCAGAUAUGGUGAAGCGUGGAGACUGGUUCACCGACGAGGGGCGGGUGCGUAACGGGGUGAUGCCGGGAGACAGGGUUCGCGCCGACGGAACGAGACAGGGUGAUGAUGCGAGGAGGAGCAGUCCCGUUGUCUGGUCCGUUUUUGGACUGACGCAUAAUCCCCGCGUGGAAGACUGGCCGGUGAUGCCGGUUGAAAUCAAUCAGAUUCACCUCCACCCUGUUGACUUCUUCACGGCAAACCCUGCACUGGAUGUGCCUUCGACCAAGAACAAAGCCAGCGUGCUGCUGUCGUGCUGUGGGAAUACGGAUGCAGACAAGAAGCCCUCUGUACAGGAGGACCCGGCGAGUCACUGGCAGGGCAGCGGACCUGACAUCGAAAUGCAGAUGGCAGGGGCAAAUAUUGACGACGGAGGUCACUCCUAAGAGAGAGAUGCUACUGAAGACUUAGUACCAC